UCCCGCGCGGAACAGCGCGCUUGGACGUCCGGGAAGUUAUGACGUUGUGAAUUUCGAAAAUAGAAGAUCUAUCACAAUGGGUGCCAAGACCUGCAUGCUGCUUCUGUCGAUCCACCUGGUGCUGGUCUCCGCUCAGGAGGUGAAAAGGGUCCCCCAGGGCUUCGUGGGAAUGCGCGGGAAAAAAUACUUUGACAACGAAAACGAAUUCUACAAGCGCAAGCCGCAAUUCUUCGUCGGAGUCAAAGGCAAAAAAUUCGAUGAAGCCGACUUUGACGAGUUCGACAAACGCGUCCCUAUGGGCUUCGUCGGAAUGCGCGGGAAGAAGUUUUACCCCGAGAUGUACGAAUACGGGUACCCCCGCCGCGGCUCCCUCGUCGGACAGAUAGAAUACGCCACUGACGAAGCGGAAUACCCCUUCGACGACAUCAACGAAUUCCUCCAGAAGUUGCAGUCGAACUACGCGACCGAAGCGAGUUUAGAAGACAACGAAGUUGAGAAGCGAGCGAAGAUGCACCAGUUCUUUGGCGUUAGAGGCAAGAAGUCUAUUACUGAGAAGAGGCCCUACGAUCUUACCUUUCGCGGCAAGUUCAUAGGUGUGAGGGGGAAGAAGGAUUUGAAGAACAGCGGGCAGGAGGUGAAGUUUUUGCUGAACGGACCCUGGCCGAAGCGGAGACAAAUGGGCUUCGUCGGCAUGAGGGGCAAGAAAUGGGACGAUGCCAGUGACGAGGAGGUGCCGAACUAAACCGAACUAAUCCAGGCUUUAUUUUUAGGACAUAUCCCCAAACCGAACACACACAGACUUACAAUUUCCAUUAAUAUUAGGUAUAACAUAAAUACAGUAUUUGCUCCUACAUUAAAAUGACAGAUAUCAUAAACUGUAUUGUUAGCGCACAUUAUGUCGCAAGGGAUCGCAUUUUAUCAGUUUAUAAUAUGUCAUAGAAAAUGCGACACGUACAUUGCAGCGGGGCUAAAAUGGU